AUGUCUCAAUCAAGAGAAUCUGCAACACUUCAUGAUGCAGAACGAGAACAAUUCUUAAUUUCAAAAUCUUCCUCAAGAGUUGCUUUAACCGUCAAUGAUUCUGAAGUAGUUGAUGAGAAUGAUGACUUAUUUUACGAAAGUGAGCGAAGACAGGGCUUAGAUUCUGUAAUUACGGAUAUCGGAUUCGGAAAAUUUCAAAAGCAACUAUUGGUACUUUGUGGUUUCGGUUGGCUUGCUGAUAACGUGCCAAAUUCGAUAAUUGGUUUUCUAUCUAGUGCUUUGACAUUUGGUAUGAUGUUCGGUGCAUUAUUUUGGGGUGUCUUUUCUGAUUCUUAUGGGCGUAAACAAGCUUUCAAUUGGACUUUGGCGGUGACCGCUUUUUUUGGUAUAUUUUCAAGUUUUGCGCAGAGUUUUACCCAAUUAUGCUUUUUACUCUUUUUUUUGGGUUUUGGUGUUGGUGGAAAUUUACCGGUAGAUGGUACAAUUUUUUUGGAAUUCGUCCCCAAAGACCAGCAGCACCUUCUCACAUUUAUGUCUAUAUUCUGGCCAUUUGGAGGUGUUAUUACCGCUAUAGUUGCAUAUAUAGUAUUACCUCAAAAUAGUUGUCCUGAUGGUAUUUCCUGUGAUAUUUCAAAAAAUAAUGGAUGGAGAUAUUUGUUAGCUAUUUUAGGAGUUUUGACAUUUCUUAUGCUUUUAGGUCGCGUGCUUCUCUUUGGUCUUAAAGAAUCACCAAGAUUUCUUAUGGCAAGUAACAGACAUCAUGAUGCUGUAAUAGUUUUACGUGAUAUAGCCAAAAUCAACGGUCGUGAAAUUUCGGUUGAUGCUAGUGAUCUAACAAUAUCUGAUGAAGCUCCUCGCAGAGUAUCCAUAUCAAUGACAUACCCACCUGCCACUAUGCUCUCCGAUAAACAUUAUCAAUAUAAAAAUUUUUUUGCUGAUCCUAUACUUUUCAUAAAACAUCGUAUUGCAACAAAACGUCAUGAUAUGGCUCCUCUUUUUACACCUAAAUGGAUUAAAACGACUAUUCUCGUAUGGAUGAUAUGGUCUAUAGUAUCAUUGGCAUUUGUAAUGUUCAACUUGUUUCUUCCAAAAUAUCUCGAAACAUUGGCAAUGGAUACUGAGAUUGAUCAUUCGGACAUAUUAUCUCAAGUUUUAAAGGAUAUACUUGUAUAUUCCGCUUGGGGAAUACCGGGUUCUUUAAUUGGAACUUGGUUAAUUGAUACACCACUUGGUAGAAGAUAUACAAUGGCGGCUGUAUUUGAAACAAAAGUCAGGGGUACUGCAAAUGGGAUUGCUUCUGCAUUUGCAAGAAUGUGA